UAUUUCAUCAGAAAACAACAUGGCCUCCAUGUGGAAAAUUGUAGGUCGCACGAGAAUCAAGUUGAGCGAAAACACAACGAAUGUGCUUGGACAACAUCAGGCUGUGAAACAGCAAGGGCCUUCUGCACAUGUGUUACAAUGCACAGCCACUAAUUAUGAUACCAGAUUGAUUCAGAAACGCCAGUACUCUGAUGGAAGGAAAGGAUUCUUCCAGUCUAUUUUCGACAAUAUGAAAGAAGGAUUUGCUAAGGAUAAGAAAUUAAAUGAAAACAUUAAAAAGUUCCAAGAGGAAAAGAAGAAAUUGGACAGUUCUGAUGCUAUCAAAGCUGCUAGACAGAAAUUUGAGAAUAUUGAGUCGGAAACGUUGAAAGGGUCAGAUGCCUUAAAGAAGAAGCUGUCUGAGACCUAUGAGGAGUUGUCCAAAUCUGAGUAUGUGAAGAAGAGCAUAGAGAUCACGAGUGACAUUGGUAAGACUGCUGGCAAGGCAGGGGAGGCCAUCCUGGAACAGGGCAGGAAAAUAGGGGAAAGUGCACCAAUGAAAACCGUCUCUCAGGGAGUUAGUAAGGUGAGGGAGGGAAUAGAUGGCGCCAUAGCUGUAAGGGACCGACCCUAUAAGGCACCUGAGAAGCUUUGGCUGAGAACAGAAAAGAUUGAAGGAGAUAAUAUCAAAAUACUUCAACCAGAUAAUGAAACUAUUGGGAUCACACUUCACAAAGACUCUAAAUGGAAGAGCAGCUGGCAGGAUUUCAAAGACAACAAUGAAUAUGUUAACAAAAUAUUCGACUUGAAGGCUAAAUAUGACGAGAGUGACAAUGCUGUCAUUAGGGGAACUCGCUUUUUCACGGAUAAAAUCUCCAGUAUAUUUGGUGGUAUGUUUUCCAGUACUGAGAUGUCUGAUGUCUUAACAGAAAUCAACAAAAUGGACCCCACAUUUGAAAUAAGUGAAUUCGUACAAUGGUGCCAGUAUUUUGUUAUACCAAAUAUUUUAGAGGCCUUAAGCAGAGGAGAGGAUACAAUAUUAAAAGACUGGUGUUAUGAAGCACCCUUCAAUCAGCUUAUGCAUCCCAUUAAAGAAGGGAAGAAGAUAGGAUUGCGGUUGGAGAGUCAGAUAUUAGACAUCAGCGGGGUUGAUGUGGCUGCAGCCAAGAUCAUGGAGCAAGGUCCAGUGUUGGUGAUCUCGUUCGUAGCCCAGCAGAUCCUGGUUGAACGCAAUACAAAAGGGGAGGUUGUGGCUGGAGAUCCAAAUAAAGUGAUGCGAACAACAUAUGUUUGGGCGAUGUGUCGUGACACAGAGGAGUUGAACCCCCGAGCAGCAUGGCGCCUCCUGGACUUCUCGGCUCAGUCCACAGAACAGUUAUUCUAAAGGAUUAACGCCGGUAUUCGCUACCUAUCAUCCAGGGCAGAAGUACAGAGGUCACCUUGGAUUUUAUAUUCCUACUAUGUAUGAAGGCAUUUUGUGUUGACCAGCUGAGAUAAACUGUUACUAAACCAAUGGCUGUGGUGAAGCCUAAUGACUUGAGAGCAUGUCAUUAUCUAGUGGUUAGCUAGUAUUUCUCAGGCAUAUAUGGUUGUUCUAGGAUUACUUCCUUAAUACAAGUGAAUGUUAGCAUAACAGUUGUUUGAUGUGCUCACGAGUAUGUACAAGGCCCCCAUGGGGUCAGGCAUUCAAUGGAGGCCAUUUUACACUGUACAGGUGUAUUUUCCAUACAUUUAGAUAUUUUAGUAAAUUGAAACAAAUCAGAGUUCAAAUGAUACUUUUCUUAAUUAAAACGUUAAAAUGACGUAAAUGUAUUUAUUAUAAGGUGUAAUUUUGUCUUGUUCAGCAUUUAUAGAGCUACAAUUUGUUUCCAAUGUCAGUGUAUAGUUGAAUAUUGAUGUUAAAGGGAGUAAAUCCAUACAGUGAAUUUAUAAUUGUAAAUCAGAUUUGUUUGCCUUCAAUUGACACAUUAACCAGGUACACUUUUCAAUUAAUUUAGAUAUCUGUAUACAACAAAUUGUGUCGAGUUGUAAAUGUAAAAAAUAAGAGUUUUUAAAUAAAUUAUUCAGGUCAAUCACAUUACUUUCUGGUUAAUGAGAUUUUAGGGGGGGGGGGGGGGGGGGGGGAGGGGGGGAAAUGACAUCUGUCUGAUGAAUUGUUGCAUAUGACAAAAAAAUGUCAAAAACAGGUUGGGCUUCAUGCAGGGACUUCUUUUGCGUGCUAUUAAUAUCCCCGUACAGAAGUCACAUUUUAAAUUGUCGAAUUUUAUAAACAUAUUAAUAUGUCAGAGAUAAAACUUGCCUUUUUACGAACUGCUGCUGUCAACUUCCAGAACACAAGUAUCUGCUAAUACCAGUACGUGACAAAGCAUAUUGUGUUAAAGGGUUACAAUUAAAUAAGUAAAUACAAUGUGUAAAAAAUACUAAUGUCAAGGAAAUAAUUAAUAAUUAUGAAAAAGCUUGAGAAAUUUUGAUGUCAUUUUGUAUUAUUAAACGUACAUGACUUUGACAUGCAAUAAGACAUACUUAUAUUACUCUUAAACUUUCUUAAUUGGAAAAAAUCUCUCUUAAUAGUAGUUACAUAAAAGUUAUAUGUUAAUGCUAUGGCACAAAUACUUUUAAUUUCACUGUACAAAUUUACAAAAUACCAAUUAUAUGGCUUAAAUAAUUUUAAUUUCACAUUACAUUUUUUCAAAAUAUCUUUUUAUGUUUUAACACAGGUUUGCUUACGUGGGUUUAUUGCCAUAUAAUUAUCUCACUUGCAUAAUAUAGCAGUUGAACUGUCCGUCCGUCUGAAAACUUUAAAAUUGCCCAUAACUUUUGCAAUAUUGAAGAUAGCACUUGAUAUUUGGCAUGCAUGUGUAUCUCAUGGAGCUGCACAUUUUGAGUGGUGAAAGGUCAAGGUCAUCCUUCAAGGUCAAAUAUAUGGCUUCAAAGCGGCGCAGUAAGGGGCAGUGUGUUUCUGACAAACACAUCUCUUGUUUUAGUAUCAACUUGAUAUAUAUGGGCCAAGCUGUGUGAAAAGGGGUUUAAUGCAGGUGCGUAAAGUUUCGUCCCAGGUUAGCCUGUGCAGUCAGGCUAAUCAGGGACAACACUUUCCGCCUAAGCUCAAUUUUUUGCUAAGAGACUUUUUAAACUAAAACUAAUCUGGGACGACACUUAACGCACAUGCAUACAACACUCUUUUCACAGAGCACGGCCCGUAUGAAUAUAACAACGUAUAGGGUCAGGAAAUUUUGUCACUGUUGUGCAAAGCCUUGUUCCACUAAAUUCAGACAAAUAUCUUGCUCAUAGCAUCACAAGCUUAUAUUUUAUAUUUUAAUGCAUUGUAAUGCUUGUGAACAUGAAAUGCUUAACUUUGUUGAUCAUGUUUAUAUUUGAAUGCCUCAUCUUAAUAAAAUUAUAAAAUCUUA